CAAAUAAAAAGUGAAUAAAGUGAAAAAGUGUUAUCCUUUUUUUUUUGCUGCUGUUUUUUUUUUUGUUGGCCUUUACAUAAUGUCGUUCGCUCGUUCGUUGUCUAUUGCCACAUACAUACAUACGCGUACAUGAUUUUUGCUGUUGCUCUUUAUUUCCAAGUGUUUUUACCCAUUAUAUAUAAAGGGUUAUAGAAUCCUACGUACAAAAUUUUAAAACAUUUAUUUAUUCUUAACAGUUUAAUUUAAUUAAAAAAAACAGUCAGCCAAAAAAAAUAAAAGAAAUUAAAACUUUAAUAAAUUAAACAAUUAUAAAUCAAAACAAAUGUUCCAAAUGUCUCAAAUAUUGUGAUUUUACAUGUUUAAUAUUAAAAUCAUGUCCAUUUAUAAAACAAAAAAAUAUCUAUUUUCAACAAAUUGUAAAUCGUUUAUAUCACUUCUAUCACCGUUCCUAACCAUGAAACCGUUUAAAUAGUAUGUCAAAGACAGCAAAGUGAUAUUGUGAAAAUAGAGUAAACAAACAAAAAAAACACUUCCUAAAAGAAAAAUAUUCUUCAAUUGUGCCAAAAAUUGAAUUUACACUCACUUCCCCCAAACGUAACAAAGUGUGCCACCAGAGUUUGCAUCCUGAUUGUAUGUAUUUAUGUAUAAAACGAAAUACGAAAAAGGUUAAAAACGAAAAAACAAAGCUCCCUAUUUUAUGCAUAUGAUUUUGUGUUGUGAUAGAACCUAAGAAAAUCAUUUCGAAGAAAACUGAAAAAAAAAAUUCACAAAGAAAAACUAAAGUUAUGCAUAUUUGUAAAAUUGUGUGUUUAAAAGAACGUUUAUUGUCAAUAUACCAAAAAUAAAUAUAAAAUUCUUCUUCUAAAUGAAGAAUGAAGAAACAAAAUGUUCGCACGAUAUCAUUGAUCGUGUGUACAUUUACUUAUUUAUUAGUUGGAGCCGCUGUAUUUGAUGCACUAGAAUCGGAAACGGAAAAAUUACGCUGUGAAGCUUUACAAGCUGUUGAAGAUAUGAUUAUUGAGAAAUAUAAUAUUUCUCAGGAGGAUUUUAAGGUAAUGGAAACGGUUGUAUUAAAAUCAGAACCACACAAAGCCGGACAACAGUGGAAGUUUACAGGUGCAUUCUACUAUGCAACAACAGUACUGACCACAAUUGGUUAUGGUCAUUCGACACCAAGCACAGUUGGUGGCAAAUUAUUUACCAUGUGUUAUGCAAUUGUAGGCAUACCACUGGGUCUGGUUAUGUUUCAAAGUAUUGGAGAAAGAGUUAAUAGACUGAGCAGUUUUGUCAUACAGGCAGUGAGACAAUCAUUGCAUUGUAAACGAACUGUCGCCUCUGAAGUAGAUUUAAUAUGUGUUGUUACAACGCUUAGCUCCUUGACGAUAGCUGGUGGUGCUGCGGCAUUUUCAAAAUUUGAAGGUUGGAGCUAUUUUGAUUCAGUAUAUUACUGUUUUAUUACUUUAACUACAAUAGGUUUUGGAGACAUGGUAGCUUUACAGAAAGAUAAUGCCCUUAAUAAUAAACCAGAAUAUGUAAUGUUUGCUUUAAUAUUCAUAUUAUUUGGUUUGGCCAUUGUCGCUGCCUCUUUAAAUCUUUUAGUCCUUAGAUUUGUUACCAUGAAUACGGAGGAUGAACGACGUGAUGAGGCCCAAGCAAUGCAGUUUAUGACCAAGUCCAAUUAUUGGACAAACGAGGCUCUUCAAGGUUCAGUUAAAUUGGAGGGUGAUGUUAUAACUGCGAAUGGUUCCAUAUUGAGUGGUUAUGAAGGACAUGAUGGUCAGUCAUUUAGUGGAUCAAAUGUAUCGUCAAUGUGUUCAUGUCGUUGUGCAUGUUUUAGUGCAAAACGACAUAAAAGACAAUUAAAUUCCUACCAAGAUAAUACGCAUCAAAUGAAAGAUCGACGUUCUCCAUCAUCACAUAUGCGUCAUUUGCUACCCGAAGUUGUUCCAAUGCAGGAUUUAGGCUACGAUUCGCAUAGUCUCAGUCAUCCAUUAGAUGGUGUUGAUGUAGUUGAUACAACUACAUGCUCUCAGCCUCAAUUGCUUAAACGAAAUGUAUCUUUAUUAUCAUUUCAAUAUAAUAUUUAAGUUAUUUGUUGUUAUUUGCGGUUAUUUUUUGAUCAAGAACAAUUUUUUUUCGUUUCUUUUCAAUAAUCUUAACUAUUUAAGCAAAAAAAAAAAUUAUAAUAAAAAAAGUAACUUCAUACAAGGGAACAAAGCAUUCGAAUUAUAAAAAAAUAUUGUAUUUUUUAUAAUAAAUUUAAUUAUGAUUUUUUUUAUUUUAUUAUUUAUUU